UUUUUUGCAUGUGCAUAAUAAACUCUUUGGGGGAAAAUAAAACAAGUGGAAGUAACGCGCAGCAGGCUUCAGAUUUCAGGGUUUAAGACGAGGAGAGGAUCGCGAACAGAACGAAAAAGGAGAGAGAGAGAGGAAAAAAAGAGAGCUGUCCGGUGCUGUGUGCGUGUGCGCGCACCAGGAGAAAGGAGCUAUCCGGUGCUGAAGUUGCAUUUCCGCCGAGAGCGACGCGACGGCACAAGAAGCUUACUAACGGGUUGAGGUGUCUGCCGUCGCCGCGUGCCUGCGUCUGAGCAAAGGAGCGCUGGUGCAAAAAAGGAAGAAAGCAAAACAAAGCAAAUUAUACGACAAAAAAACAUAAAACGGGUUUUUUUUUGUCCUCGGCGGUGCAUGAAGAAGAGCAAGAGACCUGACCGAGCGGGCGGACGGACGAGUGGUGUGUUUUUUGCUGCAACGUGAAACAUGCCAAGGUCUUUCCUGGUCAAAAAGGUUAAGCUCGAUGAUUUCUCGUCUGCUGACCUCGAGAGCUCUUAUGGCAGAUCCAGAGCGGACCUCAGCCUCCGAUUUCACGAGAAAGCGACAGGUUAUAUCAGCGACUACAUAACUCCGUCUGUGUACGAAGCAGAGAAUGAAAAUGGGAUCAAAGUGCCCUCGCCGGUACCCAUCUACGAGAGCCUGCACAGCGAUUACGGCGCGCCGGACUCAGACCAGCCCGACAGCCCACGCUCUGAGAUCUCCUCCGGCUACAUUAACGGAGACAAUGCGGUCAGCGAGGGCUACACGGUGGAUGCCUUCUUCAUCACGGACGGCCGCUCGCGCAGAAGAGCCAUGGGCAACGCGAGGAGCGCGCAACGCCACACGUGCAACGAGUGCGGAAAGAGCUACGCCACGUCGUCCAACCUGAGCCGCCACAAACAGACGCACCGCAGCAUGGACAGCAAGAUGGCCAAGAAGUGCCCGACGUGCGGCAAGGUGUACGUGUCCAUGCCGGCCAUGGCCAUGCACCUGCUCACGCACGACCUCAAGCACAAAUGCGACGUGUGCGGCAAAGCGUUUAGCCGCCCCUGGCUACUCCAGGGCCACAUGCGCUCGCACACGGGCGAGAAGCCGUUCGGGUGCGCGCAUUGCGGGAAGGCCUUCGCCGACCGCUCCAACCUGCGCGCGCACAUGCAGACGCACUCAGCCUUCAAACACUACAAGUGCAAGCGCUGCAACAAGACCUUCGCGCUCAAGUCGUACCUGAACAAGCACUACGAGUCGGCCUGCUUCAAGGGAGCCUUCUCGCCGCUAAGACCGGAUUCAUGAAAGCGCCACAGGAGUCAAAGUGUGCCCACAACUUUGCUUUUCUCUCCUGCAACAUCAGAACUGAGGAAAACUUGGAUUAUUCGCAUGUAACUUUUCUUUUCCAAGCGUAACAUCUUCCCCCCGAGCCGUUCGCCUAACCCAAGCCGAAAAUAGCAACGUAUUUUGCCAAAAAUAUUUUAAAAAAGUAAGAAAGCAAAGAAGAAAAAAAAAAACUCAGUGGACAUUAAAAAUGUCUCUCAUUUAAAAGGUCAAACCUUUUCUAAGUAUUGGAUCACAUUAUACUGCUGCCAGUGGCCACAAAAGUGUUCAGCGUCGAGGUAAAACUAUUUUAUAACUUAUUUAUUUACCUACUUAUUUAUUAUUUUAUACAAUUCCUGUAAAACGUUCAUUUGCACUUUAAUUUGUUGUUUUAUUUUGCCAAGCUUUUUCUUCGCCAUAAAUAUGCCAAAGCAUUUACCACUUUUUUUUAAGUCUCUUUUGUUUGUUUGUUUGCCACUUUAUACAUUUGUUGCAUGCAAAAAAAGAUGAAAUCUAUGCCACUUUUAUCAAGCUUUGGAUUUUGAUUGUUUUUGUUUGUUUUUGUUCUGCGAAAAAUCUAGUUAGAAUCAGUCUGCAAUAUUUCUCGGGAGUCAUUAAAACUUAAUAGAGCAAUAAUGCAUGGUAUUUUUUAAAACAAACAAACAAAAAAAUGAAUAAACGAAUAAUAGCUAUAACAUUUUUAAUCACGAUUUUAAUCCAAUACCGUUAGUAGUCGUGCAGAAGAAGAAGCUCAAUAUCAGGGAAAUGCCAGUGUAGUAUUAGUGGAUCAUGUAGACCAUGGG